AUGACGUUACUGGGUAAUUACAGUAACAAUAAUAAUAAACACGCAAAAUUUUUCUUAAACGGUCAACAUAAUAUACACGAAGAGAAAGACAAUAAUAUCAGUUCCACCUUACCUCAAUCCCAUCUUCUUCAAAAUCGACGUUUAACAGCGGCUGAUUUGGGUUUACCGAGCAAAGGACGAUUACAACUUAUCGCUUCGUUAAAUCAACCUCACAAAUUUCCGGCAUUGUAUGAUAAAUUAAAAAUGAAUGCAAGCCGUCGACAAUCUUUGUGUGCUCUUACAAACAAUCGAACCAGAUCAGUCGAUGAUCAAUCUCCCAUAUCUCAAUCAUCGCCGCUAGUGUCUAGGUUUAACCGACAUUUGAACAGUAGCGAUAAAAAUUCUCUAAUAAUCUCACCAUUGUCUACGGUGGAUCAAGAUCUUAACAAAGAACAAGAUUCAACAUUUACAGAAAUCGAUAAAAUCCAUAUUGAACAGCCUGAUAAAAUAAUCGCAAUAUCGAAUAAUUCAAAUACUAAUGAAGCAGCAUAUCAAGAAUUUCCUAUAUAUCAAGAAAAUAAUAUAGCGGGAGAUGAUGUUGAAUUUGAACAAUGGGAUGAUGAAGAAAUUCGUCGAUAUUUUGCUGAAGGUUUCAAUGGUUCAUCGAAAGAAAUUAUUUGUAAAAUAUUAUCACUUGUAUAUGGUCUAUUAUUUAGUUUGUUUGGUAUAACCUUAUCUGUUUCGUUUGCAGUUAAAAAUUUUAAUUCAAUUGGUUUAUUAGAAGAAGGAUUUUUUGUUUAUUUAUAUUUAUUAUCAAUUUUAUGGAUUAGUUUUUGUCUUUGGGAUAUUCGACGUUGGAAAAUUAAACUUCGAGUAGUUAAAGAAUUCACAAGGGAACGAUCAAUGUCAAUUAAUACAUUUGAUGGUAAUAUUGCUGGAGGUUACUAUCACGAUGAUAAAUUUGGAUCUGGUGGUCUUUACAUGCGUAUUGGAAUUGCUGUAUUUUCAUUUGGUAGUCUGUUACAUAAUGUGAUGAUAUUAAUUAAACAAGUCGAAACAUCUAGUCAAUGUAUUAAUCCAUUAGCCAUUUGUGAAAAAUUGCUAUUCAUCAUUUUUAACUUCAUUCAAUUGUUUUUCAUGUUCAAAAAUUCUAAUAUUAUUAUUCAUAAUUAUCGAGCUGCCGCUUAUUUUGGAGUUAUGCAUGUGACAAUCACAAAUAUCUGUAGUUGGUUUCAUGCCAUUGUUACCGAGGCUAGUAUGGAAAUAUCAGAGUAUUCAACAGAAACAGACGGUCAUUCAAAGAUUUUUACUCAACUCAAAUCAGAUACAAGCAGUUCAACUAUUACCAAUCUAACAAAUUCAAGUAUAUUAUGCGGUUAUAAAAAUUAUGAUGCAGAAUUAAUAACAAAAACUGAACAUACAUUUGCACCAUAUUUAUUUCCAUGCACUGUAGAAUAUACACUGAUGAGUUUCACAUUAUGUUUUAUUAUAUGGCAAAAUCUUGGAAGAAAACUAUCUUCAACAUCAAAUAACGAACAUCAAAAUUCAGCUGAAGAUGUAACAAAUGAAAACAAUAUAACUUCAAAUAACAACAAAAUAAUUAAAAAUUCUCAUAGACAUCAUGGUGACGAUGAAGACGAACAUGUAUUUUAUGUCAAUUGUCAAAAAUCAAUUCGUGGACUGUUUACCGGCAUUAUUAUAUUAGGUAAAGAAUAUAUAUUUCUUUUAACAAUGAGAAAUUAUUUGGCUUAUCAGGAGCUUUUAGAGUAUUUUUAUUAUCGGGUGGCCAGGAAAUAA